AAUGAGGCCUCAAGGGCCCAUCUUUGUGGGCCUGCCCCACCUGGGGCCCAUCCUGAUCUGGACUGUCACGCAGAACCAGAUGUCCGGAUGGUGCGAGGGUCCGAAGAAGCUGCCUUGGUGCCCGCCUCACAAGGUCAUAGUCCUUGUGUGGACAACCAUCUACUCUGUCAUGGGCUAUGCCUCCUACCUGGUGUGGAAGGGCUUGGGAGGGGGCUUCCGGUGGCCCCUGGCGCUGCCCCUUGGCCUCUAUGCUCUACAACUGGUCAUCAGCUGGAUCGUCCUGAUGCUCUUCUUGUCAGCUGACAGCUCUGGUCAGGCACUGAUGUACCUGCUGCUGCUGUUUGGGCUGGUGGUGAGCACGGUGUGUGUCUGGCACCCCAUCAACAAGCUGGCUGCUCUGCUCUUGCUGCCCUACCUGGCCUGGCUCACUGUGACCGCUGCCAUCACCUACCACCUCUGGAGGGACAGCCUGUGUCCUGCACACCAGCCUCAGCCCGCAGAGGAGGGUAACUGAGGCCCUAGGGGACGGGGAGGAGGGAAGAUGGCUGGGGAGGGGGGUGUGAGGGUAGGAUGCAGAGCUGGGCACACCCGAGGGGGCCACUCUCCUAAGCCCCCCAAAGUGCCCUUUUUCUUUAGAAUUCACCAACAUGGGAAAGAGGUAGAAACUUUUUUUAACACAGAAUAAAAUCCUCUCGAUGGUUUUGAAGGUCUGAUGCAACGUGUGCACUUGGGUGUGUGGCAUCCAGAGGUCAGAGCGGGCACAGGGGGGCCGAUGUGGAAACACGCGCAGUAGAAAG